AUGGACAAGGGUGGAUGGACUGUUGUCCAUAACAAAAACGUGAGGAGAACAAAUAAUGGUGGAUCUUACUGGAAUGCGAGGAGAGGAAAAGAGGUUAUAGGUAAUGAAGAGGUGUCUAACUUCUUCAUCACAAACUUUAAUGAGGACUUGAGCGCAAGGGACCUUUUCGAGAACUUUAAAGAUUAUGGGCUAGUCAUGGAGGUGGCAAUACCGGCAAAAAGAAACAAACAAGGAAUGAGGUAUGGAUUUGUCAGAUUUAGGAAGGUAGAAAAUGAAAGAGAUAUGGCAAUCAAGCUAGAUAACAUCUUCAUCAGAGGAAGAAAACUGUAUGCAAACAUUCCUAGGUUUAACAGAGACAAAAGACUUGCUGCAAAGGACCAUAGGAGUGGGGUGGACACUAAGAGGACAGCAACAGGAAUAAACAAAGGUGAAGAACAACGUAAAGGACUGAAGGGGAACUAUCUACCAAGAACUGAAAACUCUUAUGCAAAUGUGGUGAGAGGUAGAGUGGUGGAGGGCCAAGGAAGGAAGCAUAUGUUACAGGGUAAGGUUAAGGAUAAGGACAAAGACACAAUAGGUUGGUGUGACAAGGUAAAACUGCCGAGAUUUGCACAUCUCCAAUUUAACAUGAAAGAAGAUGAAAUGAAAAGAUUUGAAAAAGCAUUUGUUGGGGUGGUGGAAAAGGCGGGUAUGACGUAUAACAUCCAAAAGGCUCUUCAUACAGAAGGUUAUUUCAAUAUUAAAGCCACGCCUUUGGGAGCUAAUCUCUGCCUAUUGGAGGAACAGGAGGAGGGAGAGAUUAAAACAAUGAUUGAGGAAGAUAGGGUUUGGAUAGAACAGUGGUUCUCAGACAUUCAUCCAUGGUCACCACAAGAUGUCGAUAAUGAACGUGUUACAUGGAUGAGAUGCUACGGACUACCGUGUCAUGCUUGGAACCCAAAGGUCUAA